AUGCGUAAAUAAAGUUUGAAAAUUGUGAGUGUAAACAUAGUAUAAGAAAAAUGCGAUUAGUUUGAAAAAUACUUCAAAAAGGUGGUAAUAUCAAAAUACAUCAACACGUGAAUCUGUCAAGUCUAUUAAAGUUCGUAAAAUGCCAAACAAUAAGAAGUCAAGUGCGAAAAAAGAAAUAGUUUUCGAUCCUAAAAAAAGAAGAGAAUUCCUUACUGGAUUUCAAAAACGUAAAAAUGAACGCCGAAAAAAGGCUAAAGAUCAGUUGAUGCAACACCUCAAGGAAGAACGCAGAAGAAUCCGGCAAGAGGUAAAGGAUGGCGUUAAACACUUAAAAAAAAGUUUUGAACCACUGCGUGAGCUUACAGAAGAGGACAAAGUAUAUGAAUCCGAUUAUGAGGAUGCCAGUGUUAAAAUAGUAGAGUUGUCAACUAAUGACUUAGCCAAUCAAAAUAAUUUCAUAGGGUCAAACACUUUUAACGAGAAUACGGAAGUAAACGAAUCCACAGAUAGUGAAGUUGAUUGUAAUAUUGAUAAUGAUAUUAAUUGCAUCCCCGGUAUGGAAUUGAAUUGUAAAUCUACAAAAAAUUCUGAACAAAAUAACAAGGAAAAUGGAAAAUCACAUAAAACUGAAAAAGUAAAUUUCGAUAGUUUUAAAUCAAAAAAAGAUUUGGAUCGUUUAAUAAAAAACAAAACCCUUAAGAAACUACAUAAAAGCAAAGCUUUUAAACGUAAGGAAAAUUUUGAUAAAAAAGCAAACCAAAAAAAGGUUAAACGAAAUAAAAUUAAUACAAUAAAAAGUUUACCCAAGCACUUACAAAAAACCAAAAAGUUUGAGCAGAAUCGUUAUCGAAAAGGUCGUUUAAUCACCAAAAAGGAUCGCAAAAGCAGAGCACGAAAUGAAAAAUAAGAAAUAACAUAAACCCGCGAAAUAAUUAAUCCAAACAAUUAUUGCAUUGUAUUAAGUUAUAUUAUUAAUUUCUUAGAUUUAUAAGAAAUCAUUUCAAUACAUACUACUUUUGUCAAUUUUUAUAAUGGUGUCGCGGUAAUAAAAAAUGCAAAUCUGU